ACGUGUCAGCUUUUUUCUCAUCCUACAUAGUCUCCUUUAUGUUCUGUCUCUCUUCUCUCAUUCUUCUUUCAAAUCUCUCUCUCUAAUCUCUCUCUCUCUCUCUCUCUCUCUCUCUCUCUCUCUCACACUACCAUCAUGGCUUCACCGACACCAUUGUUGAAAGAUGAACUUGACAUUGUGAUCCCAACAAUAAGAAACCUUGAUUUCUUAGAGAUGUGGAGACCAUUCUUUCAACCUUAUCAUCUCAUCAUUGUUCAAGAUGGCGACCCUUCAAAAACAAUCAAAGUUCCUGAUGGUUUUGAUUAUGAACUCUAUAACCGUAAUGACAUUAACAGGAUUCUUGGUCCUAAGGCUAAUUGUAUCUCAUUCAAGGAUUCUGCAUGUCGUUGUUUUGGUUACAUGGUUUCUAAGAAGAAGUAUAUCUAUACCAUUGAUGAUGAUUGCUUUGUUGCUACUGACCCAACAGGGAAACAGAUCAAUGCACUUGAGCAGCAUAUCAAGAACCUUCUCUGCCCAUCAACACCUUUCUUUUUCAAUACCCUCUAUGAACCUUACAGAGAAGGUGCUGAUUUUGUUCGUGGCUACCCCUUCAGUCUCCGUGAAGGUGUACCGACUGCAGUUUCUCAUGGUCUUUGGCUCAACAUCCCUGACUAUGAUGCUCCUACUCAGCUUGUGAAGCCUCUUGAGAGGAACACUAGGUAUGUGGAUGCUAUUCUGACCAUACCAAAAGGAACUUUGUUUCCCAUGUGUGGAAUGAACUUGGCAUUCGAUCGUGAGCUCAUCGGACCAGCAAUGUACUUUGGUCUUAUGGGUGAUGGUCAGCCUAUUGGACGCUACGACGACAUGUGGGCUGGCUGGUGUAUCAAGGUAAUCUGUGAUCACUUGGGAUUGGGAGUCAAGACUGGUCUUCCCUAUAUCUAUCACAGCAAGGCCAGUAACCCAUUUGUUAACUUGAGGAAAGAGUACAAAGGUAUCUUCUGGCAAGAAGACAUUAUUCCAUUCUUCCAGAAUAUUGUUCUAUCAAAAGAAGCUACCACCGUUCAGAAAUGCUACAUCGAGCUCGCCAAAGAAGUCAAGGCCAAACUUAGCAAGAUUGAUCCUUAUUUUGAUAAGUUGGCAGAUGCCAUGGUCACAUGGAUUGAAUCUUGGGAUGAGCUCAACCCUGCCAAACCAGCAGCAGCCAACGGCAAAGCAUGAAUCAAUUUUGGGUAGCUACAAACUGCCACGUAAUUUGAAGCGAUAUUAUUUAUAUAGUAAUAUUAUUUUCUAGUAUUUGUUUCCAAGUUAAUGUUAUUGGUGGUUUAGAAUUUGCAGCAUUGUUAGCUGUGAUUCUGUUUAGUAAUUUCAUGCUUUGAGCUUUAGAAGAAAUAAAGGACAAUGCGCUCUUAGGGCGCACGGCUGCAUCAGUUUUCAAGUCAAAUGAGUCUCAUAGGAAGGCUAUAUUGAUGUAUGAUUUAUUAGCUCAUGUUUCUGUUUCUUGUUUUUACUUAAAAUGUCAUUUUUGUCAUGUAUCUUACAAUUUAUUUAUUUAUAAUAAGAGUUGAUUCAGGAUUGAGAAA